UGUACUUGUCCCGCGUUCGUCAACAGCAACAAUGACAAAGUACAUCCUCGUCUCUGGCGGUGUCGUGAGCGGUAUCGGGAAGGGUGUCAUCGCCUCGUCGACGGGCCUGCUGCUCAAGACCGCGGGCCUCAAAGUGACCGCGAUCAAGAUCGACCCAUACAUGAACAUCGACGCGGGUACGAUGCGCCCCACCGAGCACGGCGAGGUCUACGUGCUCGAUGAUGGCGGAGAGGUGGACCUCGACCUCGGCAACUACGAGCGCUACCUCGACGUUACGCUGUCCAAGGACAACAACAUCACGACGGGCAAGAUAUAUCGCGAGGUGAUCGAGAAGGAGCGGAGGGGGGAGUAUCUAGGCAGGACUGUGCAGAUCGUGCCGCAUGUGACGAACGCGAUUCAAGACUGGAUAGAACGCGUGUCAAAGAUUCCGGUGGAUGACACGGGCGAAGAGCCUGAUGUCUGCAUCGUCGAGCUGGGCGGUACGGUCGGUGACAUCGAGUCGGCCCCGUUCAUCGAGGCCAUGCGGCAGUUCCAGUUCCGCGUCGGGCACGAGAACUUCGCGCUCAUCCACGUCUCGCUCGUGCCUGAUAUGCACGGCGAGCAAAAGACAAAGCCGACGCAGACGACCGUGCACGCCCUUCGCGGGCUCGGUCUUCUUCCUGAUCUCAUCGCAUGCCGCCUCCUUCUUCCUCAGCCGCUCGCAGACGACACGAAAGCCAAGAUCAGCAUGUUCUGCCACGUCUCAUCCGAGCAGGUCUUUGGUGUGCACGACGUCUCGUCGGUGUACCACGUGCCCCUGCUGCUCCAGGCACAGGGCAUCCUUCCCUACCUCCGCCGGCGGCUCAACCUCGCGAGCCUCAACAUCACGCCCGAGAUGAUAGAGCGCGGCACAUCGCUCGAGGCGCGGUGGAAGGGGAUGUGCAAAGGGCAGGAGCGGCUGUUCGAUACGGUCAAGAUCGCAGUCGUGGGCAAGUACACGGACCUGAAGGACUCAUAUAUGAGUGUGAUCAAGUCGCUCGAGCACUCGGCGUUCCGCGUGGGGAGGAAGAUGAUCAUCGAGUGGGUGGACUCGUCGGAUCUCGAGCCUGAGACGCAGGAGACGUCGCCGGUGAAGUACCACGAUGCGUGGCGCGCGGUCGUUGGCGCUGGAGGUAUCCUGAUCCCUGGUGGAUUUGGCCAGCGCGGGACAGAGGGCAUGUUGCUCGCCAUUAAGCGCGCGCGCGAGGCCAAGGUCCCGUUCCUGGGCAUCUGUCUCGGGUUCCAGAUGGCCGUGCUGGAGUACGCGCGGAACGUGCUCGGGGUCGAUGGCGCCCAAUCGACCGAAUUCGACACGCAGACGCCGGAGCCGUUCAUCAUCUUCAUGCCCGAGAUCUCGCGCACGCACAUGGGCGGGACGAUGCGGCUCGGGCUGCGCCCGACGGUGUUCCAGCCCGGCACGGAGGGGUGGUCGAAGGCGCGCGGGAUGUACGGCGGCGGGGAGAAGAUCUGGGAGCGGCACCGACACCGGUACGAGGUGAACCCGGAGAGGGUGGGUGUGCUCGAGGAGGGCGGGCUGUGUUUUACGGGGCGGGACGAGAAGGGGGAGCGGAUGCAGGUGUUGGAGAUUCGAGACCACCCGUACUUCGUGGGACUGCAGGCGCACCCCGAGUUCUGCUCGCGCCCGCUGAACCCGUCGCCGCCGUUCCUGGGCUUCGUCGCUGCCGCAUGCGGGAUCGGCGCGUCGGGCGCGACGGUGCUCGAGGAGGUGCUCGGAGCGGCAAGGGGAUACGUGCCGCCGCAUCCGGCCGCGAGCAUGGUGGGCGAGCAGAAGCUGCGGGAGGCGACGCAGGAGCAUCUGGUGGUUAAUGGGAACGGGGAUCUGUCGCAUACGUAUUGAGCGUGCGCGAGGCGGCAGUUGGAGGAAUAAGGGAAGGAUGUGUAUGCAAUAGAGUAUGAGGAGAAUCAGCUGCCGCUUGAUUCUUGGACCGUUGUUCGUCUCAAAAGUAGAAAACUGGAUCUUGUGCUGUUAGAGCAUUUGCUUCAAAUAUAUUAUAAUGACCCUCGACGCAGGAGGGCACGCCAGCG